UGAUGUUAGCCAUGUGCUGGAGGAAUCGAAAAAAUGGCAAGUUUCAACUCUUUCCAUGAUAGUAUAUGUCUAAAAUAAUACUGCGAAAGAUAUUCUCCAUGUGCUUACUUUGCUAUCUCCCCAGCUAUAUUAUUUACCCUAUCGUUCUCCAUAUAAACUCAGUGUAGUAUAUGUAUUCCCUACAGAUUCAUUGCACAUAUACUCCAUUAAAUUUGCUGCAGAUGGAACUGUUUGCGGGUCGACAGAAAGCAAGAUACCAGAGGCUUACUAGUGCUGAUGAGAAAUCAGCAAGGCCUAAAAAGCACUGGAUGAAGAAAAUAAAUGGAAGAGUUAAGGGUUUCAGGUUAUCAAAGUGUAAAAAGUUGAAUUGGAAGGCUUUUUCUGUGAUUUUAAUACCAAAAAGGAUUUCUAGGGUUUACUUUGAUAUUGUUAAACGAAUGAAGCUGGAUGAAGUAUGCCCUGCAAUUAUCUUCUCUUGCCAAUGGGGACUUCCUGUUCUUUCUCAUUCAUCUGUUAACUGUAGAAAGAAUUUCAGGACUUUGACAUGGCUUUCAUAGUUUAAUUAGUCAAGUUGCAGAAAAUAUUUUGAGUAUUACUGUUCAUAUGUCUUUUCCUAUUCUUUUACUAAACUCACCUGCUUAUUUUGUUUGAAAUUAGAAUGUUUGAGGAGUAUAAGAAAAAUAGUA